AUGGAGGGGAAGGACGCAAUCACCACGGAAGGCACCCUGCUUCUCAACCUGACCACUAUUGCCCCACAAGACGGCGACGGCUUCCUCCGAGGAUUCCCCGGCAAAAAUUCGCCAUACACGGUCACGCAGCUGAAGGAUUUCGUUUGUCCACAGGCAAUACUAAUCGCGUUGGUGCUCGGCAGCAUCAUUGUCGGCACUGUGAUCGGGAACAUUCUGGUCUGCGUAGCCGUGUUCCUCGUUAGGAAGCUGCGAAGGCCUUGCAACUAUCUGCUGGUUAGCCUCGCAGUUAGCGAUCUGUGCGUCGCUCUUCUGGUAAUGCCGAUGGCGUUGCUCUACGAGAUCUCUGGUAAUUGGUCCUUCGGUGCAAUUAUGUGCGACCUUUGGGUUAGCUUCGACGUGCUUAGCUGCACGGCCAGCAUCCUGAAUCUCUGCAUGAUCUCCGUGGACCGGUUCUGUGCCAUAACCAAGCCGCUGAAAUACGGGGUGAAAAGGACACCGCGACGUAUGAUCGUUUACGUGAGUCUCGUUUGGUUGGGAGCGGCCUGCAUCAGUCUGCCACCAUUGUUGAUCAUGGGGAACCAGCACACCUACUCCGAGACCGGUCCAUCUCAUUGCGUCGUCUGUCAGAAUUUCUUCUAUCAGAUCUACGCCACACUCGGAAGCUUCUACAUACCUCUGUUCGUGAUGAUUCAAAGCCACUUGGAGGCGCACUGCUAUCUCGACAUAGAGCCGACGGUUCAGCAGCAUCAGCCAGCAGCCGUGAAUCGUCAAUUAAAUUCCGACGUGCAGGCUGGCCAUGGAAGUCCGCCUGCGAAGCAGCAUCGAAGUUCCAGCGCCUCGACGACA